UUUUCAUAUGCCUUUAGCAGGAGGAAGAUGGUGUUAUAGUUGUGUAACUAAUGCUUUGGAGUGGUGGCUCCAGUAUUGUUUUUUUCUCUGUUGCUGUCUGAGUCUCAUUUUUACUGCAUAAUUGCUGAAACUGGUAGGUACGGGUUUGGUUGGAGAGGUGGAAGAUGGUAUGCAAAUAGGAAGUUCAGGCAGGAGCAGAUGAAGUUGAUGGGCCAGAUAACUCCUCGGAAAUGGGAGUUAAUGGGGAAGAUCAAAUCGAGAGGAUUGGGAUUGCAAGCCUUGAGAAGAGGACUAUCGAGAUCCAGAAGUUCAGACAUGGCAACUAAACCACAUGACAAAAGGCCCUGAAGGAUGUACCAUCGGUGUCACAGGGUUCUUGUAAACCCCAUCGAUCUUGCUAGUUUGUAAGAAACAGCUACUCUGUCGCUCCAUUGUCCAGUAGUAGGAUGAAAAUUGCAGGCAUUGUGUAGAUCAUCUGCUGUACUGCCCAAGUUUUCCAAAGCAAUAUAUAGCUUAGCCAUUGUUUCCCCAUGCUCCUUCUAUUUCUGCUAUUGGCUAAAACUCUUUUAUGGAAUAUAUGUUUUCUGAAUGUUAUUAAGAACCCUUAUGUGAAGAACAAAGUGUUGAGCGAAGCAUCCUUAGAAUCUACCAUGAAUACAUGAUGAAACUUGUUUUUGUUGUCUCGUAGACAAUAUUGCAGCAACUUGACCAUGAACAAGGCACGUGCUUUUUAAACAUGUUUCAUGCUUAAUGUUGGAGGGGAAUGCAUUAGUCUCAUAGAAAACAACAGCUUGAAGUGGAAAGGUGAACGGGUUGAAAAGACAUGAUUUCUACUUCCAUUUGGCCUCCAGCUUAUGGUGGGUUCAAUGGUUCCCCGAGCUAUUUGACAAGAGCAAUCGGUGAAACUGAGAAGGCAUCUCAUUGGAAUUUGGAGAGAAGUGGGAAUUUCUCGGCAGUUGCAGCUGGCCAUGGAGUUUGCAGAUCAGUGGCUGAGCCACAAGGAUAUAGCUGUUCAGAACACAAGGUGACUACAAAAGAUGGUUACAUCCUUAGCAUGCAGAGACUUGCUAGCAUGUCUGGUAGCCGUUCCAGAAAGCCUGUUCUUCUACAACAUGGACUGUUCAUGGAUGGAAUGACAUGGUUUCUACUACCUCCGGGCCAGAAUCUGGCAUUCCUCUUGGCAGAUAACGGCUAUGAUGUCUGGAUCAUCCAUGGCCGUGGGUCCAAGUACAGCCGAGGCCAUGUAUCUUAUGAUUUAGAUGACAGAGCUUAUUGGGAUUGGUCAUGGGACGAAUUGGCAGCACUGGAUCUUCCUGCCACGGUUGAUUAUAUCUAUAACCAGACAAAACAGAAGAUGCACUUUGUUGGCCACUCCCAGGGAAAUUUGAUAGCUCUUGCAGCUGUUUCAAAAGGCUAUCUUGUCAACAAGUUGACUUCAGUUACUUUGCUUUGUCCCAUUGCUUACAUGCAUCACAUGUCAUCACUCCUCAUGAGAGGAUCUAUCGAUCUCUUCUUUGCCGAGGGAUUUUAUUGGUUGAAAAUUAAGGAAUUUGAUCCAAAUGGGGGUCCUGCUCAGAAGUUUCUUGAGAAAAUGUGCAAGCUGCCAUUUGCCGGUUGCAACAGCUUGAUGACUGCAUUGUCAGGGAAGAACUGUUGUCUGAAACCUUCUGCAAUGGAUUCUUUCCUGGAAAAUGAGCCUCAACCAACAUCUACAAAGAACUUGCUCCAUCUUUCUCAGAUGGUGAGACGAGGGACAAUAGCUAUGUAUGAUUACGACAAUGAGGAUAAAAAUGUGAAGCGUUAUGGGCAGCCUACUCCUCCAGUGUAUGACAUGACCCAAAUUCCAAAGGACUUGCCUCUAUAUCUCACUUAUGGAAGCACAGAUGCCAUUACUUCUGCUAAAGACGUGCAGAUCUUGCUGAGAAGCUUGAAGGAUCACAUGGGAGGCAAACUUGUGUCGCAGUUCGUAGACAACUAUGCUCAUGCAGACUAUGUCAUGGCUGAUAAUGCUAGGGAAAAGGUUUAUGAACCUCUGCUGGGUUUUCUUAAAAUGUAUAAUUGAAAGGUGAAGAACUUAAGGUCCAUUUGUUAAGUCUUUGGAUUGCUUAUUUAUCUUGUGUGGUCAUUACACUUCUGUUGUAUUUCAUUAAUUGUAACACCAAUAUAAUAAAAGGAAACUUUACUUAUCUAUUGUCAAUCCGGUUCAGCCCGUUUAUCCGUCCGAGUAAGUGUAUUGAGAGUUAAUGUUGCGAUCGAUUUAGUUUCGUUUAGCCCAUAUAUAUGUAAAAACUAAAAGUCAUUAUAUUGUUAAUAUAUUUAUAAAAUAUAUCAAAUCUCAUCUAAAUAUGAGUAACGAUUAACUGUUGGUAUAUAAAAACCUUAGUUUAGGGUUUACUAUUCAUUAAGCGAUUUUUUUUAUAUUCUUUCAAACUUUAGGAUCUAUUUUCAUUUGUUCCAAAAACUCCCAUCCCUUUCAGAAGAAUUCUCCAUCACCAUUCAAUUGUUGACCAAUUAUGCACUACCCGAAGGCAAUCCAAAAAUUCACAUAUAUUGACCGAUCACGUGUAUUUCGACCAUGUAUAUUCUGACGAUUUGUUUUUCAUUUUCGAAUUCCCAUCGAUUGACAAUUUGUUUUUAAUUUUCCACUUUUCAACUCUAGGAUGGCUAAUCAUGCAUAUUUCGAUUAUGUAUAUUCCUUCAACUCUAGGAUGGCUAAUCAUGCAUAUUUCGAUUAUGUAUAUUCCGACUAUACAUUUUUCAUUUUUGAAAUGGUACAUAAAAGUCUUGAUUUAGGGUUUCAUUAAUUGUUUUUAUUUCUUUCAAACUUUAUACCAAAAAACUCUCAUCCUUUUCAUUUGUUGACCAAUUAUCCACUACGUGGAGAAGAUCAAGGAAUUCCAAGACAUUGACCUAUCACGCGCAUUUUGAUCACGUAUUAACGAUUUGUUUUUCAUUUUCGAACUCAUAUUGAUUGAAAAACUAUUAUUAUUAUUAUUAUUUUUCUAGUUUUCAACUCGAGGGUUGCUAAUCACGCGCAUUUCGAUCAUGUGUAUUCCGGCGAUGCAUUUUUCAUUUAAAAUUUCACUAAGUUUUUUUGAUUUCCUGAAAACUUUAAGGAUAAUUUCAUUUAGUCAACAAUCUUUGUUAGUUCGUCGGCUAUUCAUUGGCAGCAUGCGAGGUGGAGCAUGGUUUCGGUUGAGCCGUUUUGGAGGAAGUUCGUCAGCUAUCUAUAUCUUUUGUCUCGUUUUGUUGUAAUUAUACUCCAUGUUGGUUUAAUAGAGCAGUCCAUUUAGUGGCACAUCGUCAUUUCAUCGGUAAUUCGGCUAUUUGGCGACUGUUCCGUCUAAUUACCUUAUAUCAUUCUUACGCUAUCUUUGGGCAAAGAAAACAAAAUCUUUGUUAGUUUUGUGGCUAUUCAAUUUGAGACCGGUUGAUCAAGCUUAUUCCAUUAAUGCAGUUUUCAUUUUCAAAUCCUUAUCGGUUGAUAAUUUUUGUGAAUUUUUCAACUAUUUAAAUAAAUUUGUUAUUUUUAC